GACUCCGAGCUGUCGAGCUAAGACCGGUGCUUCGGUGAUAGAGGAGCCAUUGCUUCUCAAACCAGUGGGCAGUACCUGGCACCACUGACAUCCAGAUCCGAUUUUGAUCUUUGCGUAUGUUUCACAAUCAGCACUAGCUCGCGCUGACAGCUCUCGAUAAGGCUCAAAGAGACAACCAGCUCUCGAACCCUCUUGGCGACAAAAUCCUCGGCGAUCGCGCCAGCCGCCAUGGCCGCCGAAGAUGCGCGGUACCGGCAGACGUCGCAGUACCAGAUGUGGUCUUUCUCGCCCACCCAGCUAGCUGCCAUGCGAGAGAAUACGAACGCCGCCGCCCGCACGAGAAUCGCCGAGCGCCUAGCUUCCCUCCCUGCCGCCUCCAACACCACCUCUGCACCGACAUCGAGCGUGAACACCCCCGAUCCCGAAGGCGCGUCCAUUUCUGCGCUACCUGAAUUCCUCUCGGCGCCCGAGGAAGCUCAGUUGAUGAACUUCUACACAUUGGAGCUACUACGGGCGGGCGAUCAUGCUGAGAUGCCGGAUGAGAUCAAGGCCACGGCCGCCGCCUUCUUCAGGAGGUUCUACGUCACAAAUAGCAUCAUGACUUAUCCGCCGCAGGAGAUGCUCAUAGUGGCGCUAUUCUUCGCGUGCAAGGCGGAGGGGUCAUUCAUCAGCAUUACAGAGUUCGGCAAACAAUUCGGCAAGGACAAUCCGGAGGACAUUCUUGCUGGAGAAUUCCUGCUCUGCCAAGGUCUUCGGUUCGCGAUCGACGUCAAGCACCCCUUCCGAGCCCUUCGGGGCGCCGUGAUGGAGCUGAGCACGCUUCCCGAUAUCGAGCGCAACCGCCUGGUCGCCGCCGAACACCGCGCCCGCGAGAUCCUCCGGUUCAGCGCUCUUAUGACCGAUGCUUACUUUCACUACACCCCAAGCCAAAUCAUGCUCGCCGCCCUCUCUCUCGCUGACCGUGGUGUUGCCGAGCGCCUUAUCACCCAAACCUUCCAUUACGUCGCCCCACCAUUCACCAGUAACAACAACUCCGGCUCCGAAACGCCCGCCACCUCGGGGCCAGACGCUCCCUCUAGCAACACCAAGAGAAACGCCGCACCGCGGAGCAGCAACAAUAGCGGCGAAGACAAGUCCCAGAUUAUCGGCUCGCACAUUCGUGACAAGGUCCUCGGCACAAUAGAGGCCUGCCGCGAUCUCCUCUCGAAAGAGCUGCCAGAGCGGAGGGAACACUGGACAAAUAAAACAGUAAUCAAAGCACAAAUCACCCCGCUCCGCAAGAAGCUCACCAAGUGCCGCGACCCGGACCGCUGGAACCUCGUCGAGCUACAGCGCGUGCGGCGCGAGCAGGCCACCAAGAAGGGCGGUGGCUCAGAUGAUGGGGAGCCAGACGACAGGACGCUCGAGAGUGAUGCGGCCGUGUUUGGGGAGGCGCUGCCUGUUCCGCCCAAGAGGAGGAAGGUUGGUGCCACUGAUGGUGGUGGUGGCCCUGGGGAAGGAAAGGGGGAUCCCUUUGGGGGGCCUUUGUGAGCCUUUCUCUUCUGGAGCCUGCUCGUGACCUGGAAGGUGGGAACCAGGGCAGUAGUAGUAUGAUCUGAUUUGGUUUGUGGCGGGCGUUUGGUGCAUGGCGGAUCGGUUGAGGUGAUGCAUCUUUAGGGGCGAGGCGUUUGGGAGAGAAAAUACAGGGCUGGGCAGGCUCUUGCCUGUUGGAAUACUUACAGAUAUGUAAAUUGGCUUGAUAUUUUGCAUGGCAUGAAAAGCCGGCUUGAGAAGGUCUCCCCUGGCUCUUUAUUUGGUUUAUCGCCGGUCUCGUUGGCUUGACAGCGACCACUGAGUCAGGGUGCUCAUAUUGCAAUGCCACCUCAACUCUAACAAUGUUAAUAAGUUGC